AUGGAUACACAUUGGAUAAAUAAACUUUCAUUUAGUUUAUGGAAUUACAAAAAAAAAUUACUUCCACCAACACCACCCUCUUACCCCCCCUCAAUGAAUUCUUCAAAUCAUUAUGAUAUAAAUCCUAUCGUCUUUCUCUUUGAACAUGAUUCAAUGUUUGAUCUUGUCAAACAAACACACACACACACACACGUACAAAUAAAGUAA